AUUUAGUGAUAAUUAACAAUGUGUGCCCUUACAGGGCACGGUUGUGUGGUAAGAAAUUCAAUAUAAAUCAUAACCCAUAUUCUCUCUUCACAUUUUUCAUUUUCAUCAUGACUCCAUUUAGAAUUUUAUUUCUUGCAUUUCUCGUUUCUGAGACACAUGGAUUCCUAUUACAACAGCCAGAAUCAGACAGCUAUGCGUUUAGGAUCGAUAGAGGACCUACUUCGGAUUUAAAUAAAACAUAUAAUUUAAAACUGCAGAAAGAGGUCAAGUCCCUCUCGGCGUUCUGCUUCGGUAGGAGGAGCGACGCCUUCUGCACGUAUCAAUGCAGGAAAGUAGCCCAGAUCUCCGCGCAGAGGAUCUGCGAAGACUCCUGGUUCCUGUCCGAGGCGUACGAGGAACUGGAGCCCUGUGACCACUUCGGGGCGGGUUCCUGUCGCUGGUUCAGGUGUCGCUGCCAUCCUCUCUCCGAGCCCAACGUAUCGGAGGUCACGGAGGUCAUGGAGGUCGCGGAGGUCGCGCUCGGUUUCUGCAAGAAAACACUCCUCGGGUUCAAGAAAAACAUAAGCAGAGCUUCAAAAAUCCUUACGAGCAAACCCGCGUUAUCUUUAGACACGGCUAUCUAUUGGAUAGAAUACGUAAUACGGCAUAAUGACGCCUAUCACCUGAAACCCGUAGCAGUUUACAUACCAUGGUAUCAGUUAUUCUUAAUGGAUGUUCUUGUAAUGUAUCUCGUUACAUUUUGCGUGGUCACUUGAAUUUUUGUGAAUCUAUUCUCAUUUUUAUUUAGGAAACUUUUAUUUGCAUCUAAAUCAUCGAAAGAAAAAAUAAACUGGAGUAUUUAGCAAAUCAGGGUCAUUAAUUGGCAUAUAACCUUUCGAAGUAAUAGUGAUGAGAAAAAUUUAGAAGAAGCCGAAUUUAAAUCGAUCAAUUAGCUAUUAUGGCCGGUGAUUAAACUGUCAACAAACACAUAAAGGAAUGUUUAGAGGUGAAAAAUUAAAAUGGUCAAAAUUAUCCUAAACCUAGACCAAAUCAUCACCAAAGAGAGGGCAAAAUAUCGGAAAAAGCGUUUAUCGUGGUUUAUGGACAACCUCCUAAACAUCUUGUUCUCAGUAAAAAAUAACUUUAUUUUACCCCUCAGCGCAAUAUUCCACUUAAUGACUUAAUGCAGCAGAUAAGAACCCACCGUUAUAAUGUAUUCCAGAAAUGACAUAACUGACUGCUUUCCCAUACAAAUAUAAGCUUUUAUAAAAGGUCAA